AUGGCUUGGGUUCUGAGAUUUGUCAAUCGUUACCGAAAAGAUAAUAGAAAUAAUGGUUCAAGAUGCCUGUGUGCCGAAGAGUUAAGGAUUGCUGAAACUAGUCUGUGCCGUCUGUCCCAAGGAGAGAGUUUCGCCUUUGAAAUAAACGUUUUAAAAUCUGGUGGUUCUUUAAAAAAGGAAAACAAGUUAUUUUCUCUUUCGCCUUAUUUUGAUGAAAAUAAAUUACUUCAAGUGAGCAGACGUAUUGAUGCUGCGAGUUGGUUGCCUUUAGAUGCUAGGCACCCCAUUAUUUUAUCGCCCUGUCACCGCUUUGCUCAACUAUUUGUUGCCCAUGUGCAUAAUAACAUGAGUCAUCAAAAUCUUGAGGCUACCAUAGGCGAAAUAAGGAAAUGGUUCUGGAUUCCACGACUACGAAAGCUGCUGAGUAAGACCACAUCAAAUUGCAACAUUUGUAAGAUUCGACGUGCCGUUCCAGUGGCUCCCUUUAUGGGAUCAUUGCCAAGUGAUAGACUAACUCCAUACGUCCGUCCAUUUACUUAUACUGGUGUGGACUAUUUUGGCCCAAUAAACGUGACUGUUGGUAGACGUCAUGAAAAACGUUGGGUUGCCCUGUUUACGUGCCUCACAAUCAGAGCAGCACAUUUAGAAGUGGCUUAUGAUCUUUCGACUGAUGCGUGUAUUUUGUGUAUACGGAAUUUUAUAAAUCGUCGUGGCACCCCAUUGAAGAUUCGGAGUGACAAUGGAAAAAAUUUUGUUGGAGUUAACCAGGAAGCCCAUCGAUUUGAUGAAGUUUUUGAUCUGGUUAAAAUUGAGGAUGAGUUGUCCGCAAAGGGAAUUGAAUGUCAGUUUAAUUGUCCACACAACCCUGCAGAGGGUGGUAUAUGGGAGCGAAUGGUCCAAUGUGUUAAAAAGGUUUUAAGAGUAACUCUAAAAGAAGUCGCCCCAAAAGAGCACACAUUGCAAAGUUUUUUAAUUGAAGCCGAAAACAUCGUAAACUCUCGCCCAUUGACUCACUUGCCUGUCAGCCCUGAAGACGAAGAACCGUUGACGCCAAAUCAUUUCUUGUUGGGAUCUGCAAAUACGGCUCAAACACCAGAAGGUAUUGAAAUAACAAAGCCAGUGGUACUGAAAAAGCAGUGUCGAAUUGCCAGACAGGUGCGAGAUCAUUUCUGGAAAAGAUGGAUUAUUGAAUAUUUGCCCACACUUACAAGACGGUCCAAAUGGUGUGAAUAUACCAAGCCUGUGGCUCCGGGUGAUCUUGUACUAAUUUGUGAUCCAGCUGUUUCCCGUCGAGAUUGGAAGAGAGGUCGUGUCAUAAAUGUGUUCCCUGGCAGUGAUGGUGUAAUUCGGAGAGCUGAUGUUCAAACAAGUAGUGGAAUAAUUAAACGCCCGGUUUCCAAACUAGCGGUCUUUGAUUUGGAUGGUGAAUCGUUGCCGAUCCACGGUGGUGGGAAUGUCGCCUAA